GGCGCCGACACCAGCACCAUAGCCUCCCAAGUUUCCCCUUGUGGAUGCAGGGCGCGGGUGGCUCCGCUCCUCCCGGCGCAGAGGGCCCCGAAGAGGCCGGAGGAGCGGGCUCGGGACGGGAUUUGUGAGGAAGGGGAGAGGACGGGCGCCCCACCCGCUCGCCGGGUGGGGGGCUCGGUGAACGAUGAAGGGCCGGCGGCGGCGGCGCCGGGAGUACUGCAAGUUUGCGCUGCUGUUGGUGCUCUACACGCUGGUGCUGCUGCUCGUCCCCUCCGUACUGGACGGCGGCCGCGACGGCGACAAGGGCGCGGGGCACUGCCCGGGCCUGCAGCACAGCCUGGGAGUGUGGAGCUUGGAGGCGGCGGCGGCGGACGAGCGCGAGCAGGGCGCCGAGGGGCGGCCGGCUGCCUCGGGGGGCGCGGGCCCGUCCCCCCAGUCCCUGGGCAACCUCAGCGGCGAUGUCGCGGAGGCGGUGUCUCGCGAGAAGCAGCACAUCUACGUGCAUGCCACCUGGCGCACCGGCUCGUCGUUCUUGGGCGAGCUCUUUAACCAGCACCCGGACGUUUUCUACUUGUACGAGCCCAUGUGGCAUCUAUGGCAGGCGCUGUAUCCGGGCGACGCCGAGAGCCUGCAGGGCGCGCUGCGCGACAUGCUGCGCUCCCUCUUCCGCUGCGACUUCUCAGUGCUGCGGCUGUAUUCGCCGCCCGGGGACCCCGCCGCGCGCGCCCCGGGCGCGGCCAAUCUCACCACGGCCGCCCUCUUCCGCUGGCGGACCAACAAGGUCAUCUGCUCGCCGCCGCUUUGCCCCGGCGCGCCCCGUGCCCGCGCCGAGGUCGGCCUCGUCGAAGAUGCCGCCUGCGAGCGCAGCUGCCCGCCCGUGGCUCUACGCGCCCUGGAGGCCGAGUGCCGCAAGUAUCCGGUGGUGGUCAUCAAGGACGUGCGCCUCCUCGACCUGGGUGUGCUGGUGCCUCUGUUGCGUGACCCCGGCCUCAACCUGAAGGUGGUGCAGCUUUUCCGUGAUCCACGGGCCGUGCACAACUCGCGCCUCAAGUCCAGGCAGGGGCUGCUGCGCGAGAGCAUCCAGGUGCUGCGCACCCGCCAGCGGGGCGACCGCUUCCACCGCGUGCUGCUGGCGCACGGCGUGGGCGCUCGGCCCGGGGGCCAGUCCCGCGCCCUGCCCGCCGCACCGCGCGCCGACUUCUUCCUGACCGGCGCGCUCGAGGUCAUCUGCGAAGCCUGGCUGCGCGAUCUCUUGUUCGCGCGCGGAGCUCCCGCCUGGCUGCGGCGCCGCUACCUGAGGCUGCGCUACGAGGACCUGGUGCGGCAGCCGCGCACCCAGCUGCGCCGCCUGCUGCGCUUCUCCGGGCUGCGCGCGCUCGCCGCCCUCGAAGCCUUCGCGCUCAACAUGACGCGGGGCGCGGCCUACGGCGCAGACAGACCCUUCCACCUGUCGGCGCGCGAUGCCCGCGAGGCCGUGCACGCCUGGAGGGAGCGCCUGAGCCGAGAGCAGGUGCGCCAGGUGGAGGCGGCCUGCGCUCCAGCCAUGCGUCUGCUGGCUUAUCCUCGCAGCGGAGAGGACGACGACCUGGAGCCGCCUGUGGAUGAGAAGCCGCUGGAGACCGAGGCCGACGGCGCCACGUAGCCCCCCGUCGUGCGCCCCCGGGACGGAUCCGGAGGUCUCCUGGCUCGUCAUUCUCUUGCUUUGUAGUGGAACUGAAGGAAUUGGCUCUAUUGAGAGAAACAUUUCUGCCUAGGUGCGGUAUAGAGUAAGAACAGUAAGGACUAAGAAAUAGCCCUGGCCCAAGUUCAAGAACAUGGGGAAGUGGAGAACCCUUUGGGAGCCGAACAGGAAGCAGUUUCAAUUGGAGAAAAGUUGCAGAGCUCAGGGAUGUCUUCAUGAGAAUUGGAACACUUCAGCUUUGCUCCCUGCCUACCCACCCCCCCCGCCCCCGGCCCCGCAGGCACCACGCCAGCAUCCGGGUGUGACCGCUUCUGCAGCUGCCCUUGUUCACAUUAAAGACCGUCGUGCUGGAUGCUGAUAGUGGAUAUUUCUCAGUGAGGGGGUUAAGGGGCUGUGAAGGGCGACCACCACGUCUGACUUCAAGGAUGACCCGCGUUCAGAGUGAACAGACUGCCCUCCCCUGAAAUCAACAUGAGUAGCAAGGAGCUUUGCUGUAGGGCGACAUUCUGGAAACAGCCACUGAGGCAGAACGUGUGUUUGUGCGUGCAAUGGAAGCCCUUUCUAUUAAGCCUUUCUUUCGGACAGCAGUGCUAAAAGGAGCCCCAGAAGGCACCGGGCGAGCCGUGAGGACGCAGGGCAGUCCCUGGGCCCUGCUGGCCAGAUGCCUCAAAUCCGGCCGGAAAUGAGAUCGUCUAGAAGGCCAGCUUGGAGAGAUUCAUAUGGUGUGAUUAAUGUCAUUUGGUCGUGGCAACCAGCAGGCCAGAAGCAGAGGAACCAGCCUACCUGAAAAGUCAGAAACAGAACAUGACAGAAACGUUUAAGGUGUAGGGAGCAGGUAGGGGCUCGGGACCGUGAGUUCUUUUGUAAAGGUGGUAAACUGAGGGAAGUCGGGAGCAGGUGCCAGCGUGAACUUGGGAGGAGGCCAACCGAAGCAGUUUUUACAUACCAGACAGAUCAGGUGAGCUUCAGGGAGAAAGACCCCAGAGCUUUUGAGGUCACUCUCCCCAUGGCUGAGACCAGACUUUACGAGAAAGGACUCGUCACCGUUUCAGAGAGAUCAUGGGAACAGUAAGCCAAACUACUAAAAUCAAGAGUGUUUUAAAAAUAGGACUUCCUUUCAGACAGCCUAGAGCUGGCAUAUGUGAAAUGUACGGAUUUGAGAAGCAAUGAAAGUAGAUGGCCCUUUCUUGCUCUAAUGAAGGAUAUCACCAACAUGGAUGUAAUAAAGGAAAAUAAUACAUUUCUUCAGGUUCUGCAAACAAUAAAAAAGGUUACCCUUUGUGUCUUUCUGUGCCCUCUCCCCCCCACUCACCCACCCCACCCCCAGCUAGGGAUGGCAAAGGGGACUAUCUCGCAAAAAAGGAGGUGGUUGGCUGAAAAAAAAACCCACACAAGCACACCCUCCCAAAGAUAACAGCAUUCCCAGCACUACUGAAUUCCUUUUACAUUUCUUUUCUUUUCUUUUUAUUUCCCAACAAAGGGAAAGAGAAAUAGUUUGGAACUCAGGAAAAAUUCACAUCCUGCUCCUAAAUAUGGCAAUUUCCGGCAGUCCUAUGGGCCCAGGGGAAGAGUGGUUUCCCCACGCUGACACCCUGUGCCAACGUGAACCUGCUCUUGGCCAUGGGGCCAUUUUAUCCCCCACUGAACUCUGGACAGGGCUAGAUCCGGGUAGAGCUGACACGGUGCCUCACUCUACAGGAAGAGAUGGGCACGGACGCCGUAUACUGGCUAGACAUCCUAACCUGUGAACCUUAAAGUUGAUCGGGGGGGGGGGGCACCCCAGGGACCCCCUCCCCCACCUGCAGCCAACUCCACGGACCAGUAGCCCCUGUGGGGGCCAAAGGGCUGCCUGAAUGACAGAUCCAAGCUCCCUCACUUCCUAGCCACACUAAUCAGAGCCACCCCCCACUUGGUAGAUGACAAACGUGCAGGUGGGCAAUCAAAUCUAUGUUCUAAGAUCCUGACUCAGUUCCUUUACUUGAGUCGGGAACAACUUUACUCACAAAAGCAAUUAUGUAUGCCAAUUAAAACUAGACCUCGGAGCAGCUCAAUGAAAGGAAAAAACAAAAGCCAACUUAGGCAGACUUCGCGGUUUCCAAGUUUUAUAAAUACUGGUUUGGAGCACAUUUUAUUCAUUUUGUUCUCAAGCGAGCUCAGAAACUUGGGACAUUUUUCGCUGGGGGUGGGCAUGAUAAAACUAAAAACAUGCCAUUAUUUGAUCCCAUUCUAUUGGGGAAGUAUAAUGGCCAUUUAAUUUGGGCUCCGGCUGACUCUGGAGCUUGACCAAAUGACUCGCAUGGG